GACGCCGCAUCCUGCACCUUGACCUGUCUAGACGGCCCCGAACGUUUUGUCUCCGUUACCAAGGGCGAGGGGUGCUCUUUGACCCGCGCCCGGGGCGGAGGUGGUGGCCAAAGGGUCCAGCUGAAUCCUCGCCGAAUUCCGGAGGGAGAGGGGCGCGCGGGGACGUGCACCAGCUGUUCCCAAAGAAAGCAGCCGAGGAGCCCGCCUGGGAGAUGGGGCGCCCGUCCAUCCCCCUAGCCCAGUCGGAGGCGUUCCUAACGGACCUUUUGGAGAAAGUCUGUGAGCGAAUGAACGACUACAAGCUUGAGGAAGACCCUGUGACGAAGGAGAGAACUUUCAAGAGAUUUGCUCCUAGGAAAGGAGACAAAAUAUACCAAGAAUUUAAAAAAUUAUAUUUUUAUUCUGAUGCUUACAGACCUUUGAAAUUUGCGUGUGAAACUAUAAUAGAAGAGUAUGAAGAUGAAAUAUUCUCACUUAUCGCCCAGGAGGCACACUAUCUAGCUGACAAGCUGUGCAGUGAAAAAUCAGAUUUGUGUGAAACUUCUGCUAAUCAUACUGAGCUCUAGGAGUGCCGUGCUGCUGGUUGUAGAGAGGAGUAAAGUCACACCCAAAGGUCAACGUCUGCAUUUUAUGUUUGCAUGUUGUCUUUCAUGAUAAGAAAAAUUUUGUCUCUUGUUUAUACCGUGUUUGUCUCCGUUUAUGAUUUAUUUUGAAAAUCUGUUGUUUGACAUCAUGACAAACCCUGCAUUUUUUUAUAGGUGAAGCUGAGGAGUACAUGAAACUUAAAUUAACCUUUGCAGAUUUUGAUAAAUCAAGCUUGACAAUAAAGGAUUUAAUUCUUUAUUGAGGAAAAAAGUGAAGACAUUUCAUAAACAAAAUAGGGAUUUCAUAAUGUAUGCUGUUUAUUUUAUAACAGUGUAUGUGCACAUAUACAAAUGCAGUAGCUAUCUGAUAAGAACUGGAUUUGAAUUCUCAAAUACUUGAUUGCCUAUAAAUUUAAGGAAAUACAUGGCAACAAAUUCAAAAUGUGGUCUUCUGGGUGAGAUAUGGCUAUUGGUAAAAGAAACAAACCCACUUUUUAUCAGAAAUGAAAUUUAAAUUUUUAGAAACCACAAGUUUAAAAACCCAUCUGUAAAAUUUAGUGGAAUGUGUAAAAACUAAUGAAUGCUUUAAUUUAUAGUAAACAAUAAUUAUAUUGGCCCCUCAAACACCAUUCUGAGUUUAAGUGGUUUAGAAAGUUGAUUUAUCAUUGCAUCAUGUGUUAAAAGAUGACACUAGUAAUUGCAUUUUGUUUUGCUCCAAACUCUUCUGGUUUGUUUGUUUUUCUUCUAAAGGUUUUUUUGACUCACAUUUAGUGUGUUGAGUUUACUACUAAAUAAUCUACCAUUCUUCUACAGGAAUGGAAAGAGAGUUGGGACCUGGUGGGAAAUUAUCUUUUGGCCACACUUAAUAUACAAAGUCUAGUAACAAUCACUCCUGGAAAUUUCUUUAUCUCUGUUACAUUUGCAUUCAAUGGAAUCUGACUUCAAUGAUUAAAAAUGUCAGGGUAUAGUCUACACCAGUUUCUAAAAAGAGACUCUCAUUGUCUUUGGUGACAAUCAAGUGGGUAGGAUGCUACCAAUUCCCUCUGGAAGACCCAAAACUCUUUGCCAUAUUGUUACUUAGUUGCUUAAAAAGCACAUUAUGUGUUUAAAUCAUUCUCCUGACUCUUCAGCAGGAAACAAUUCUUAAAUUUAGGAAAAUUUACCAAAGCUAAGGGGAAGGGCUUUCCAUGCCCCCUCCCCACCUAAACUCUGAUUAAAAGUUAGUGAGUUAAUGUCACUUAAUUACUUGGGUGCUUUUUUUUGGUCUUGUCUGUGGCUGCUUAAGUCUGAUGGCUCCUACAUAACCCAACGAACUCGCAUUCGAGCUGACACAGGAUGGAAAUAGAACUGAAUAAUAAUUAACACUAUUUUCCGGUAGGGUAGGACAAUUGUUAUUUAAAACAUAGUCCAUAUAGCUUUAUUUAAACGUAUCUAGUUAAGGUUAAUUUGGCAUUUAAAGUAGUAAAUCAGGAACAUUCUCCUAACUUGGAUUUUCUUGGGAAAUGCACUAAACAGGAAAAUUAUUCCUGAAAACCUAGUGACCUUCACAGGAACAUGGUGGGACCUGUGACAUUAAGUAAGCUUCAGUGAAAAAUGUUAACAGUUGUAAUUGUAGAAGUGUUGCCAAAUUUGUUUUCAUACUCUCAUUGAUCAUCAUUAAAAAUUCUCAAAUGUAGGCAAUGCUAACACUAAUUAUAGAAAUUAAGAAAAUGUGGGCUCCUGUUUGUAACUAAAUGGACGUGGGGAGGUGCACCUCCUGUCACUGAGGAGUGCCUUUCAUUGACAGUGAUGCUUUGCUUUGAAUGGAGAGGACGAGGAACCUUGACUUACAGUGACUAUCUAAGGUUUUGCUAAAUAUGGCAUUUCAGUUUUUUUCUUGGAUUUCCCAUUAAAAAUAGUCUUGUAUCUUGCAAAUUUUUAAUAUGUCAUGACUUGUAUAUUUUUCUUUCCAGAAUUUUUUCCAGAUCAAACUUGCUAAACUCAUGUAAAUAUUUGUAGCUUAUGAAGUUGCUGAUUCAACCCGUAUUUGAGUGAUAACGCACAAACCACUGGAUUUCUUCUGGCUUCAGGAAGUCUUAGGUUUCCCUAUGGGUCACUGUUAGGUUGCGCUGCUUUUGCUAAUGAACAAUGAGAUAGAGUAGCUACUCACUUUAGCAUCCUCCUAGCCACCUUGGUGCCUUGUAAGUCACAUUUGUUGACCAAAACCAAAAUAAAACAAGUCAUGGGGAAGAAACAAAAACAAAAACAAAAUAAAAGAAACAAGGCAACAUUAUAGUGUGAGGAAAGUUUCUCAGAGUUGAUGAAAAGCUACCUAAUUCUAUGUCCAAAAAACAUCCCUGGAAAAACACGGGGUAGGGUGUGUAAUGCUUAUUAAAAUAAUGAGGAGAGAAGACUCGUUUGAGGCUGCAUGGUUUCAAAUUGUUCUUUUAUGAGAUGGUUGGUUUGGGUCUCCAUGAAGACAUGUGAACCUGUUCUCAUAAAAAAAAAAAAAAAAAAGACCAAAUUGGCUGAGAUGCCCAGUUUAUUUUUUGUGAUGUGGAUUACUAUUUGCUAAGAACAAGCCAAGGACAAUGAAUCCAUUUUACUGAGGAGUGGAGAGUGGGA